UUAACACAUUCUUGAAGAUAAUAUCUCAAGUUCCAGUUCACAGUUAUUCUGCAAAUUUGUUGCAAAUACCAUGAGGACGGAAGAAUCAAAAACUGCAUCAACUAUUCUCUACUCUAUUCUGAUUUUUCUAACUUUCAUCAAAGUUGAAGCAAGAAAUUACAAACAAGUCUGUUCCUCUUCUUCUUGCGGAGAAAUAAACAACAUCAGCUACCCUUUUCGCCUAAGGGGUGAUCCAUCAGGCUGCGGUGACCCCGAUUAUGAACUCUCUUGCGUGAACAACAAAACCAUCUUAGAAAUAUUUCCAGGGAAAUACUAUGUGAAGAACAUUUCAUAUGAGGAUCAAGUACUCCGUUUGGUUGAUGUCAACUUUGCCAAUGCCAAUAGAAGCUGCAGCCUUCCAUCUGGCUCUGUUGAAAAUACGGAUGGGUUUGUCCAAGACUUUCGAUUCAAGGGAGUUUUGGACAGCCUUGGCAGUCGUUUUCGGUUUGUCAAGUGCUCCAGAAACAUCAGCAGCCUGCAGGAAGCUGCUAAUCAUACGACAAUUCCAUGUUUGACAAGAAAUGGGAGUUACGUCUAUGCAGUUUAUGACGGCGAAUACUCGUACUAUAAUCCUCAGCCAUCAUGCUCGGUUGUUUCAUUGGCUCCUGUAGAUCUUCUUCACGACAUUAAUUAUAAGUUCCCUUCUUAUGAAGCCGUCAUGGAACUUUUGGAGGCAGGAUUUUUUGUUGGAUGGUCGCUUGAGUGCAGGGAUUGCUCUUUGGCUGGUAAAUCCUGCGUAGUAAAAUCAUGGGACAAGCCACUCACCUAUAUAUGUGAAAGAGAGAACAAAGAACUGACAAGAAGUCAAGGAAACUUAAUAAUCGCGGGAAUCGUUGUGGGAGGUCUAAUUGCUCUACUGGUUAUAAUUGGUAUAUUGGUGUUCUUUGUUCGCAAGUAUCGCACAAGACGAAAUGCAUCUAGUAGCACGGAGAAGAAUUGACGCCAACAAUCAGCAAUUCUUGAACUUGGCUUCUAUUCUUCACCCUCUACAGCUUAUAUGUGUAAUGCUCCAUGAUGUGACACCAAAAAGAAUUGUGUAGAUAAAAAAAUUGAUUUAUUUGUA